GGCAAAUUACCUAAUCCACUGCAAAGAAAAAAUCAUCAUGAUUUCUCAAAAGAAAAAAAAAUCAUCACGAUAUUAGUCCAACUUUCCCACUUCCAAAGAGGGCGGCUCCCCACCUUCCACUUCCUCACUCAAUUAAUCUAAAUUAACACGAAAAUUCCAUUACAAGAAAAAACCUCAAUAUCUCACAAUCUUCAUUUGAGCAUAUGCUUCAUAACACAUAUAAUAAUGCAGUCUAGUUUCCUAAUUUGUUAUGCUCUUACUCUUUCAACAUUAAUCACCCUCACACACACCUCCUCCACCAAAUUUCUCAAUCUCACCACUGAUCAAAAUGCACUACUCGCUUUCAAAAACACUAUCUCUUCAUCAGAUCCCAACGGCAUCUUCGCCACGAGCUGGCCCACCAACACACCCAUAUGCAACUGGACCGGCGUCUCCUGCGGCGCCAGACACCGCCGCGUCACAGCCCUAAAUCUCACCGGCCUCGGCCUCCGAGGAACCAUCGCUCCGCAUCUCGGAAACCUAACGUUUCUUCGAUCUCUAGACAUCAGCUCCAACAAUUUCAUUGGCGUCUUACCCUCCGAGCUGUCUAAGUUGCGCCGUCUAGAACAUAUAAACGCGGGCUUCAACGACUUGACCGGAGAAAUACCGUCGUGGUUCGGAGCCUUACCCGAGCUACGAUACGUGCGGCUGAGCAACAACACCUUCUCGGGCGAGCUGCCUGCUUCUCUGUUCAACGCUUCCUCUCUGAUUGAGAUUAAUAUGAGAUUCAAUCUGCUCUCGGGCGAGCUCCCAAAUGAUAUAUGUAGCAAUACCCCGAAACUCGAAGCGCUGUAUCUCUCUGGGAAUCAGCUUGAUGGGCGGAUUCCGGCAAACAUAUACAAGUGCAGAGGGCUACAAGACUUGCGCUUGCCUAGCAACAAAUUCAGUGGCGGAAUACCAAGUGAGAUUGGGAAUUUGAGCCUGCUUAGGAUUUUAUCUCUUGGCCGGAACGAUUUUGAAGGAGAAAUACCAGCAGAAAUAGGGAAACUCUCGGAUUUAGAGAGAUUGUACAUUCCAAGUGCCUCUCUAACGGGAAAUAUUCCAAAUUCUAUGUUCAACUUUUCGUCUUUGAAACUGAUGGAUCUCUCCAACAACAGUUUGUCUGGAGCUAUACCAACAGUCAGUUUUUACAAUCUACCUCAGAUUGAAGAAUUGUAUCUUUUAUCGAACCACUUGACAGGUGCUGUACCAAAGGAAUUUGGAAACUCAACUUCCAUGAAAUGGCUGGAUCUUGCUUAUAACAGACUGAUGGGUGAAUUACCAGAAGAGCUUGGUAAUAUUGUAAACCUUGAGAUGUUUGCAGCUCCCUUCAAUGACUUCUUAUCUGGCCCCAUACCAUCAUCCAUAUUCAAUAUAUCAACAUUGAACUUAUUAGCUCUCCAACAGAACAAUUUCUCAGGCAGCCUUCCUCCAUACAUGGGGCUCUCACUCUCGAAUCUCCAACAGCUUUACUUAUAUCUGAACAGACUCAGCGGCGAAAUCCCGAGCUCCAUCACCAAUGCUUCAAAGCUUACUAUAUUGGAAUUGAACAGAAACUCAUUCACCGGCUCCAUCCCCGACUUUGGUAAUCUGAGACAGCUGCAAGCGCUUCGGCUCUGGGAAAAUAACUUGACAGGAGCUGAAUCUCCUGUUCAGGAAAUUAAAUUUCUCACUUCAUUAACUAACUGUCGGUAUUUGAAGUACUUGGAAAUAUCAAACAAUCCACAGAUGAACGGCAUCCUCCCAGCUUCCAUUGGGAAUUUAUCUACUUCUCUCGUCAGUUUUGCAGCAUCAAACUGCAGCAUUCGAGGUGCCAUUCCUUCUGUAAUUGGAAAUUUAAGCAGUUUGCAAGGUCUGGCUUUAUCUAACAAUCAACUCGCAGGAUUCAUCCCAGCAACAAUAAGAAAAUUGAAGCAACUAGGAUUGUUGGACUUUUCUGAUAACCAGUUGCAAGGAUAUAUCCCUCGUGAUCUUUGUGAAAUCAGUAAUUUGGUUUAUCUGUAUUUAACUGGUAAUAUGCUUAGUGGUUCAGUCCCUGAAUGUUUGGGAGAAAUCAAAUCCCUAAGAGAAGUCUCAUUUGCCUCAAACAAGCUCAAUUCCACCAUACCUUCCGAGUUAUGGAAUCUCACAGAUCUUGUGAGUCUGAACUUGUCAUCAAACUAUUUGAAUGGCGAGCUUUCAUCUCGAGUUGGGAGCUUGAAGGCGAUCAAUGAGCUGGACUUGUCUUGCAACCUAUUCUCGGGUGAGAUUCCCAGCACGAUUGCAGAGUGCACUUCGUUGGAGUUCCUAGCUCUGUCGAAUAAUACAUUUGGUGGCUCUAUACCUCCGUCUUUCGAGAAUAUGAGAUCAUUGAACACAUUGGAUCUAUCUCAUAAUAAUCUUUCUGGUUUGAUACCUAAGAAAUUGGCUAAGCUUGAUCUUGAGUAUUUCGACGUAUCAUAUAAUGAGUUGGAAGGGGAGAUCCCAGAUGGAGGUUGUUUCGACAACUUCACGGCUGAAUCUUUCGCCAAAAACUCUGCUCUUUGUGGUGCUUCAAGAUUUGGGGUACCAACUUGUGUGAAAUAUCAUGCAAAAUCAAGAUCAAAGAGUAAUGUUGUGUUGAUGAAGUAUAUUUUGCCCCCUGUAGUUUCAGCUAUGAUUCUAGUAAUUUUUGCAGUUGUGCUAAUAAGGCGGCGCAAACUGCUGAAAGCACCACCUGCAGCUGAUAUCUCAGUAGGUCUUUCUUGGAGAAGAGUUUCAUACAUAGAGCUGGUGCGAGGAACUGAUUCUUUCAGUGAGACGAGUCUACUUGGGAGAGGAAGCUUCGGUUCAGUAUUCAAAGGAACACUUUCUGAUGAUUUGGAUGUUGCAGUGAAGGUGUUUGAUCUGCAAUCAGAAGGAGGUAUGAGGAGUUUUGAGACUGAGAGUCAGAUACUGAGUGGCAUUCGACACCGGAACUUGGUUCGGAUAAUUGGUUGUUGUAGUAACGUGGAGUUCAAAGCCUUGAUUCUUGAGUACAUGCCUAAUGGGAGUUUGGAGAAAUGGCUGCAUUCUGAAAAUUGUUGGCUGGAUCUGAUGCAGAGGCUGGAUAUAGCAAUAGAUGUGGCGUUGGCGUUGGAGUAUCUGCAUCAUGGCUAUACAUUCCCUGUUGUUCAUUGCGAUAUAAAGCCGAGCAAUGUUUUACUAGACGGAGAUAUGACUGCUCGUGUUGCUGAUUUUGGUGUUUCAAAGCUUUUUGAUCAAGGGGAGACUGUGGUUCUCACUAAAACAUUGGCAACGAUUGGAUAUGCAGCACCAGAGUACGGAUCAGAAGGAAAGAUAUCCACAAAUGGGGAUGUGUAUAGUUAUGGUAUAAUGGUGUUAGAGAUAAUGACGGGGAAGAAGCCGACAGAUGAUAUGUUGAGUGGAGAAAUGAGCUUGAAAGAGUGGAUUGGCGAAGCACUGCAAGAAAAUGCAGCAAGUGAAGUUGCAGAUCAUGGCUUGCUAGCUAGAGAAGAUAGGCAUUUCGUUGAAAAGGAACGAUGUGUGUCGUCUAUUUUUCAUUUAGCAAUGAAAUGUUUAAUCGUUUCACCAGAUAAAAGAAUCAACAUGGUUGAAGCAGCAGCAGCUCUCAAGAAAAUCAGAGCCACCCUUUUAGAAGGAACCACAAGGCGUUAGUCAUAUUAAAUCUUGUUUUUUUUUUUUUUUUUUUGAAUGAUAGUUAUAUACAGUUCUCCACCAUAUAAAGAAAGUCUUCAACUUA